AUGAAGCUUCUCUCUGUCGCCCUUGCCAUGCUGGCCGCCUCCACCGUCCAGGCUGCUGCUCUCCAGAAGUGGUGUGCCCACCCCGGCCAAGGCUGCUACAAGGUCAAGCGUUCCGCCGAAGCGGUCGAGGAAGUCAAGCGCUCUGCUGAGGCUCUCGCUGAGGCCCAUGCCGAGGCCCACCCCGUUGCGCUCCAGAAGUGGUGCGCCCACCCCGGCCAGGGCUGCUACAAGGUCAAGCGUACCGCUGAGGCUGUCGAUGAGGUCAAGCGCUCUGCCGAUGCCCUUGCCGAGGCCAUGGCUGCCCUCGAUGAGGAGGAGUAA